ACGGUCACGGACGGACCCAAACGCCGUCACUCUGCUCACCUCCAGCUCCCCAAUCAAGCGAGGCAAAAGCCCUAGCCCGCGAGCUCCGCCGGCCGCCACUCCCUCCCUCCCCUCCCACGCACGAGCGGCGCGGCCUCCGUCGGUCCCCUCAAUCGGGCCAGCGCAAUGCCCCGGCGGCGGCCGAGGGCCGGGGAGAAGCGGAUGGACGCCGCGAUCGACCACUUCGCCGAGAUGGGAUACCGCAAAGCCGACGUCCGCCGCGUCGUCAACAAGCUCCUCAAGGAUGUGUAUGGGAAGGAUGGGUGGCCGUUGCUGGAGGACAGUUGUUACUCCGUAGUGCAAGAAGCGCUCUUUGAGAUGGAGGAGCAGGAGAAGUUGCAGCAGCAGCAGCAGCAGCAGCAGCAGCAGAAUGAGGAUGAUGAUGGUGAUGAUGAGGGGGAGGAAGCUCAUCCGGAGCCGCAGCAGGAGGACGUGGAGGAGGAGGCUCCGCAGCAAGAAGUAGCAAUAAAGGAGGAACCGUCAGAAGAGUUCAUUCCCAUUGCGAUGGUUGUACCACCAUCUGAGGCAGUGCUAGCAGUUGGGCAGACAGAGGAAGCGGAACCCCCGCUCAUCGACCCACCUUCUCCCAGAGCUGCGUCGCCAGAUCCGUUAGCUACAGGAACUAGGCGCAAAAGGCCCCCCUGCUACGGAUGGAUCUCCGAGUCCGAGAGCGACUCGGAAUAUGAGGAAUAUGUCGCACGUCGACAGCAGCGGGUGCAGGUCCCGGCCAAGUAGACGGGCUGUAAGUGAAGCCACUUAACAGAGAGGGGGCUGAUGCAAGGCGAAAGCAGGGGAACCGGCCUAACCUGCAGAAUUAGUAUAAGGCUAGUACUCUAUAUUGCUAGUAUGGACUAUGGAGUUGCAAUGGCACCGUGGCUCUAGUUUGUAUAUAUAUAUAUACAAGUAAACCAUGGACUCUGGAGCAGACGCUUUGAAUGGCAGGUGCUGCUCCCAUGGAGCAUGUAAGAGCAGCAUAUAUGGAUGCUUCUGACUGUAAUUAGGUAGUAAUGUGUGCUAGGGUGGCUUGGCUUUUGACCACUAUAAAUCGUGGCCUUCUUGGAUUGGCCUGGGUGAAUGUGUCUGAAUCAAUGCAAUGUGGUUUAUGGUUUA